AUGGCGGAAAAGGCACCACAUAACUGCACAGCUAGUUACGGAGAGGACCUGCAAAACCUCGUGUACAUCCCCGAGCUGCUGAACAUCGACGUAGAGAAAUUCUGGGGAGACAAAACAUUCGAAAUAUUUAACAAAGAGGAAAAUGUAAAAGAGUUGCACAAAAGGAAAUUCCCAGCCAUCUUUUUGUAUUCCAAAACGGUAAAGACCAAGCACACGAUAAUGUACUUCCACAGCAACUCCUGCGAUUUAGGGCAAAUAUAUGACGAAAUGUGUAACUUGCAAGAGCAUUUACAAGCGAACAUACUCGCCAUAGAAUACAUAGGGUUUGGGCUAUGCUAUCUGGAGGGAUCCCCCAACCAAUAUAACAUCAACAGGAGAGCCCUAGCUGCGUAUAACUUUUUAAAAUCAUUAAAUUUGAAAAGUGAGCAGAUUUUACUAUUCGGAAGGUCCAUAGGCACAGGAGUAGCCACCAAAUUAGCAUACAAUUUAAAGCUACUAGGAGACAACAUUGGAGGAAUUAUUUUACACUCUCCUUAUGUGUCCAUCGAAAAAUUAGUGGAAGAAUAUUUUACCUACUCUUCUUAUAUCAUUGAAAAUAUUUAUGACAAUUUUAAAAACUUGUCUCUCCUUAGUAACGGGGACGAUGGGGACACUCCCCUUUUGCUUAUACAUGGGAAAGAGGAUGAAGUGAUUGGCGUCUCUCACUCCGAGUUCCUCAUGCAGAAUUUGAACAACAAGUUCAAGACGGCCUCCUACCCGGUGGACUCCUACCACAAUUAUUACUACGUCAUUGAUGACCUCGGCGUGCCGAGCAAGACCUUCCUGGACACCCAGAGCAAAUCGCGCCACGAGAAGUGCGUGGACAUAAUCGUGCCCAAGUCUUUUUUCACAAAAGAGUAUUGA